AACAGUCAUUUUUAAUAACCGCGAUGAGUGCAAGAAACUCAGGGCUUUCUUAUGGUAAAUAAAGUUGUAAAUUUAACCCUUUACCUGGCCUGGGGGUCCGAAAACGGACCCCCAAAAACAAAUCAAUAAAUUAAGAGAACCGUUCAACGGAUUAACUUCAAAUUAGUGAACAGUCUUAAAGUAGCACGGAACUAAUAUCUUGCCACUCUGAUUGGUUUAGAGUAACAUAAACAAUGAAUUUGUACCUUCAAACUUUGCCAAGUGACAAAACACAACAAAUACAAAAUGGCCGACAAAGCAAGUGGUAGUAGUACAGGAAAAGGCAAUGAUAACGCCAAUAAACAUAAGCAAUUAAGCUUGCAAGAGGUUCUGGAUGCAGUACUCGACUCUUCACAUGAAACUAGUGAUGAUGACUGCCUUGGAGAGAGUUCUCUUGAUGAGAGUAGUGAUAAUGAGGAUGAUGUUACCAUUCAAUUUAUCCCACAUGAUCCCUGUUUCAGAGAUAGCUGGCUUCUGUUGGAUCCUGAGCUUUGUCGCAUGAACGAAAAAGAUAACGACGAUGUUGAUGAUGAUGAUACUGACGGAAAUGAUCAGGUGCAAGAUAAUGUGAGCGAUUUGGUGGACAAUGAGAAUGGAAAUUAUGUAAUGAGUGAUAAUGAAUCAACUGUAUGUUCUGGAGAGAGUGACUCUGAGGAAAGUUUUGCUGAUCAAAAUAUAAAUGUUGCAUCAAGGGCUCGUGGACGUGGUGGACGAAGUGGACCAGGUCGUCACGGACGUGGAAGACAGCGAGGUAGAGGACGUGGACGACAGUGA